UAGAAGCCCCACAAACAUACAGGAAGUAGUUACAUUUCAAAAGGAUUGUUUCUUUAACUGCAGUUGUUGCUUUAUUACAAGUCCUUUGUAACGUAAAGUUCAGUUUUCAGGAGCAACUCAACAUUAAUAAAUUCGUCUUAAACAAGAAAAACGUCGUCACUUCUUGUUAAAGUGCCAUACAAAUUAUUGCAUCUAUCGUUGCAGGAAAAACUAGCUAGGGUAAACCGUUGCUAAGCUAACAUUAGCUUGUUGGUGGCACGUAAAAAAGUAAAGAAAAUGGAUAACUUGGAAACACCAUACGAUGAGGACGAUGGUUUCAUCGAAUGCACGGUCUGUGAAAAAUCUCUUAGAGGUAACACCCUCUACAAGAUACACCUGACCACACCGGGACAUUUAAAGAAAGAGGAUGCCCUUGUUGCUGAGGGGAAGGCUGUCAGAGAACAUAUCAUGCCAAAGUUUAAGGACAUUUUGCACUAUCUGGAAUACCUGAAUCUCGAUGAGCCCAUCAUUGGUUUGAAUUUUUUGGAAGAAGUGGCCAAUUUUGAGCCACAGUUGGGUGCUAGAUACACCUGCAAGUUAUGCAGUCAGACAUCCAACCUUGCAGAAAUGGUCUGCCAUGUGAUUGGGCGUAAACACCGGCAAAAAUAUGUGGAGUUAAAACGGCCGGACUUGGUUACCUGGGACAGUCACACCAUAAAUACCCAAGGAGGGAAGAUAAUGCGAGCCAAAGCGGAGAUAGUUGAAAGACAAAAUGGACGAGGAGUUCCAGAACCAUUGUUGAGAAAGGGGGUUGAAGGAAGACUGAACAUCACAAGAGUUCCAAAGCACAGACAAAGAUUCGUACCUGAUGUGCCUCCCCUCUUACCUGAAUUGCGGGAGUAUCGCCAAAAUAAGGAUUUUUCUGGGAUCUAUCCAGACCAUCUCAGCCGCGGUCGCUUUGAAGAGGGACGGAGAGGAGCGGAUUACAUGGAAGGUCCAACUUACCGAGAGGAUCGCAUGAACCUUGAUUGCUACACCAGGCCACUUCUGGAAUAUGCCGACGAUCCACUGCAGUCAGCAAUGCUUGACCCACGAGACGUUUCCAGGUACGAUCACAGGCCCACUGUGCCGCAGUCGCUGGAUUAUCUACCUGAAGCUUCUGCUCAUAAAAGACCCUACUCAGAACGAGACCCACUGGAGGAGUUCUACUCUGAGGAAAUUCGCCGUGGUCAAGUUCGUUCUCAAGGAUACCAGCCUUCCCCGAAGAUGAUGUAUACAGAAGACGAAAAGCUGCGAAGGUCUCUGGAGAGGGAACCUGGUAGACUUGACAAUAUGAGAAGACAUGGGUCAAGUGAACCAGAGGCUAAGAGGAGAAACCUGUCCGCUCCUUUCGAAGGUGAUCGCUCACGCGAGUCUUCGUUUGACAUACUUAAAGAUUAUCAUCAUGAAAGGAAAGACCCGUAUCAAGAGGAGGUGUUUAAGAGGGGGAGACCCACUUUAGCUCAGACACACGGAGAAGGUCCCAGUGCCAUGUCUAACAUACCAGAGCCGUUCAGGCGCUUCCUUAAAGGUAAUAGAGCUGAGGAAGGUAUGAGCAGGCGAAAAAGCCGCUUUUCUGAUGCCACACCAGACGAAGUAAAGAUGGCAAAGGAGAUGUACAGAGAUGAUUAUGGACUUCCAUACACUCAAACUGGUGCAAAUGUUCGACCAGGUGAUGCACCAAUGAGGCCGGACAUCCACUACGGAGAACCUCAGCCUCCACAUCAUGGAGCAGGGGAAGGCUACAGUAGAGGAGGCUUUGAUGGGCCAAGCAUUUUUGACCUUCUGAAAAAUGUUGAAAUUGAUAAUGCAGAAGAGGCCAACUUCCUGAAGAGCAAAAUUUCCAAACUUUUGGAAGAAUUUAAGAGCAAAAAGAUGGAGAAAGCUGGGCAGUAUGACCCCGGUCAAGCCGAAGUCCCCAAAAAUUACAGUGACCUAAACCCGAACCCACAGCUUCCUCAGGUGUACCUGUAUGAUAGACCCGCAAGAGAGGAGUCUGACCUCAGACGAUCCGAAGAGCUCGGUUUCAACAAUGGUAACAGACUUGGUUGGGAGCAGCGUGAUCAGACACCUGCACAGCGGUUCCAUGAAUACAACCAUGGGGAACCCAGACACUCCAGCAGGAGUCGUUUUGAAGAUAACCAACCUCAAUAUCCUGAGUCCAUGCGUCCUCAUGACUACAAAGCUCCUUCUGAGAACUAUUUUGACCCUCACUCCUCUGCACCGCCGCUCCAAAUGGAACAAGACAGCAGGAUGCAUCGUGAUCCUCGCUACUCUUCCAAUAUGGAUAAAAUCACCUGUGCCCUCAUGGAUCUUGUCGCAAGAAAAUAGCCUAAAAUGUUUGAAUCUGAUUUAGAUUUUUUUUUGUACUUUAGAUACCCAAGUUCAGUUCUUGAAAUGUUAGAAUCUUACCAUUUUGUGUAAACAAUAAAGAGUUUCUCUGUUGCUGUA